AUGUCUAAGCAGCAAGAAGAGCAGGAGUUGCAGAAGUUCCUCAGGGAUGUGGAUGAAAUUAGUAACUUGAUUCAAGGUCUGAAUUCCAGCGACCUGGCGGUUAUGGAGAAAGCCAUCGCAGGUACAGAGAAAAGACUCAGCUCCAGUAAGGAGAAAGAAGAGAGCGAAUGCAGGCACCGGGUGGACCGGACACUCAUCAAUCCACGGCCUUCUGCCUCAGAGCUAAUGUUUUGCUUCCACCUGUCUCUUGUAGGAUUUGCCAAAUCAGGAGGGGAUGAUGAAUCCUGGUGGGUCUUGAAGAGUAGGAGUGAAAUUGAGAACCCGGGAGACUCCUCGGCUGUUUCCAGUUUGGAGCUGAGAGUGGGGGUGACGGGAGCAGAGGCCUUCAUGUCUGCUUUAGAAAAGGACGCCAAUGAGCGUGCCAGGAGACGGAGGAAGAAUGAAGCCCUUGCAAAUGCACUGAAAGAACAGGGGAAUGAUGCUUUCAGCAGAGGGGACUUUGCAGCAGCCAUCCAGAAGUACACAGAAGGCCUGAAGAAGCAGAAGGAUAUGCCGGCACUGUACGCCAACAGAGCCCAGGCUUACAUCAAGCUGCAGGAGCACGAGAAAGCCAUCCUUGACUGCGAAUGGGCUUUAAGGUGUGAUGAAAAAUACCUCAAGGCCUUCUUUCAUAUGGGGAAAGCGUACUUGGCACUGAAGCAGUACAGUAAGUCCAGGGAGUGCUACAUGAAGAUUUUAGAAAUCGAUCCCCAUAAAGAGAAGCUGUGUAAAGACUGCCUGAACGAAGUAGACCUGGAAGAAAAAAGACACCACGAGGAAGAGAAAGCCACCAAGGAGUUUGAAUCCGGAAGGCAUGGAGCCGUGUCUGUGAACCAGCUGCUCCAGGAACUCAGCAGGCCUAACGAAAAUGCCCUUUUUUAUGCGGGCGGGAUCCAGCUUUUGACCGGUAUUGUACAAGAUGGCACAGAGCAGACCUUGUUUAGAACAAACAAUGGAUUCAGUAUCAUCAACGACAACAAGGUCAUAAGACGCGCAUUCCGUCCUGAGAUGAAAUCCCCUGCCGAAGCGGAGCUGUCUCUGUGGCAAGCCAUCUGCAAAGGGAACGAGGAGAACCAGCGCCUGCUUCUGACUCACCCCUACGUGAACUCACAGCUUCCCACUCUGCUGCUCUCCGAGGUGCCCGAAAUCCAGGAACAGUGCUUGGUCCUGCUGUCCCUCUAUGCGCAGACAGAGCACGGGAGGAACCUGCUUCUCAGACACCUGGACCUAACCAAGUGGCUGCAGACGUUGAUGUCCUUUGUCAGUGUGUUUGACAGCAGAGCUAGUUACGCGAUGAACCUGCUGACCAGCCUCAUCAUGGAAGAGAAGUAA